CCCGAGGAGGGAGAACGGCUGCGAGACCGAGCCUCCCGCGGGUACUGCCGCGAGCGGCCGGCGAGGGGCUGGAAAUGAAAGUAAAGCUUCGGAGCCACAUGGACGGAGCUGCCGGGGCGGCGGCGCCGGGAGCACGAUGCGGCCGCCCGUAAUUAAAUAGCAUUUACUCUUAUUAUUACUAAUAAUAAUAACGUAAUCAUACCUCUAGUCAUAGCAUACCAUUUAUCGGGCUCGGCGCAGGCCCGCUGGGGAGCGCAGCCCGGCCGAGAGACUGAUGGAGAGGCAGAAACGGAAGGCGGACAUCGAGAAGGGGCUGCAGUUCAUUCAGUCGACACUACCCCUAAAGCAAGAAGAAUAUGAGGCCUUCCUGCUCAAGCUGGUGCAGAACCUGUUUGCUGAGGGCAAUGACCUGUUCCGGGAGAAGGACCACAAGCAGGCCCUGGUGCAGUACAUGGAGGGGCUGAACGUGGCCGACUACGCCGCCUCCGACCAGGUGGCCCUGCCCCGGGAGCUGCUGUGCAAGCUGCAUGUCAACAGGGCUGCCUGCUACUUCACCAUGGGCCUGUAUGAGAAGUCGCUGGAGGACAGUGAGAAGGCGCUGGGCUUGGACAGCGAGAACAUCCGAGCGCUGUUCCGUAAGGCGCGCGCGCUUAACGAGCUGGGCCGCCACAAGGAGGCCUACGAGUGCAGCAGCCGGUGCUCCCUGGCCCUGCCCCACGAUGAAAGCGUGACUCAGCUUGGUCAGGAGCUGGCUCAGAAGCUAGGGCUGCGAGUUCGGAAGGCGUAUAAGAGGCCUCAGGAACUAGAAACCUUUUCUCCACUCAGUAAUGGCAUGGCAACUGGCAUGGCAGAUCAGGGAACUUCCAAUGGAUUGGGGUCCAUCGAUGACAUUGAAACAGACUGCUACAUGGACCUGCGAGGUUCUCCGGCCCCCCUGCCCUCCAGCCCCACGAUGCCCCUGUUCCCCCAUGUUCUGGACCUGCUUGCCCCCCUGGACAGCGGCAGCAGGGCCCUCCCCAGCACCGAGAGCCUGGAUGACUUCUCUGAUGGGGACGUCUUUGGUCCGGAGCUGGACACCCUCCUGGACUCACUGUCUCUGGUCCAGAGUGGCCUGCCUGGUAGCGGCCUGCCCAGUGAGUUGCCCCAGCUGAUACCCGUGUUCCCCGGUGGGACCCCACUGCUGCCACCUGUCGUGGGCGGCUCUGUGCCCGUCUCCAGCCCACUGCCCCCUGCCUCCUUCGGCCUCGUCAUGGACUCCUCCAAGAAGCUGGCCGCCUCCAUGCUGGAUGCCCUCGACCCUCCAGGCUCUGCUCUGGACUCCCUGGACCUACUGCCAUACUCUGAGACGCGGCUGGACGCCCUCGACAGCUUCGGGUCAACCCGCAGCUCCCUGGACAAGCCCGACUCUUUCUCCUUGGAGGAGACCAACGCACAGGACCAUCGUCCCCCAAGUGGUACUCAGAAACCAGCCCCCUCGCCAGAGCCCUCCAUGCCCAACACUGCCCUGCUCGUCAAGAACCCCUUGGCUGCCACCCAUGAGUUCAAGCAGGCCUGCCAGCUCUGCUAUCCCAAGACAGGCCCCAGGGCAGGAGACUACACCUACCGUGAGGGCCUUGAGCACAAGUGCAAGCGGGACAUCCUACUUGGCCGGCUCCAGAGUGCUGAGGACCAGACCUGGAAACGCAUCCGGCCCCGGCCCACCAAGACCAGCUUUGUGGGCUCCUACUACCUGUGCAAAGACAUGAUUAACAAGCAGGACUGUAAGUACGGGGAUAACUGCACCUUCGCCUACCAUCAGGAGGAGAUCGACGUGUGGACCGAGGAGCGGAAGGGCACCCUCAACCGUGACCUGCUCUUUGACCCGCUGGGGGGCGUCAAGCGUGGCAGCCUCACCAUCGCCAAGCUCCUUAAGGAGCACCAGGGCAUCUUCACCUUCCUCUGCGAGAUCUGCUUUGACAGUAAACCCCGGAUCAUCAGCAAAGGCACCAAGGACUCUCCGUCCGUCUGCUCUAACCUGGCCGCCAAGCACAGCUUCUACAACAACAAGUGCCUGGUGCACAUCGUCCGCUCCACCUCCCUCAAGUACUCGAAGAUCCGCCAGUUCCAGGAGCACUUCCAGUUCGAUGUGUGCCGCCACGAGGUGCGCUACGGCUGCUUGCGGGAGGACAGCUGCCACUUUGCCCACAGCUUCAUUGAGCUCAAGGUCUGGCUGCUGCAGCAGUACUCAGGCAUGACCCAUGAAGACAUCGUCCAGGAAUCCAAGAAAUACUGGCAGCAGAUGGAGGCCCAUGCAGGGAAAGCUAGCAGCAGCUUGGGCGCCCCACGGACGCACGGACCCAGCACCUUUGACCUGCAGAUGAAGUUCGUUUGUGGCCAGUGCUGGCGGAACGGGCAAGUGGUGGAACCUGACAAGGACCUCAAGUACUGUAGUGCUAAGGCCCGGCACUGCUGGACCAAGGAGCGGCGGGUCCUUCUGGUGAUGUCCAAGGCCAAGAGGAAGUGGGUGUCGGUGCGGCCGCUGCCGUCCAUCCGCAACUUCCCGCAGCAAUAUGAUCUCUGCAUCCAUGCGCAGAAUGGCCGCAAGUGCCAGUACGUGGGGAACUGCUCCUUUGCACACAGCCCUGAGGAGAGGGACAUGUGGACCUUCAUGAAGGAGAACAAGAUCCUGGACAUGCAGCAGACCUAUGACAUGUGGCUGAAGAAACACAACCCUGGGAAGCCUGGGGAGGGGACCCCGAUUAGCUCUCGGGAAGGGGAGAAGCAGAUCCAGAUGCCCACAGACUACGCUGACAUCAUGAUGGGCUACCACUGCUGGCUCUGUGGCAAGAACAGCAACAGCAAGAAGCAGUGGCAGCAGCACAUCCAGUCCGAGAAGCACAAGGAGAAGGUCUUCACGUCCGACAGCGAUGCCAGCAGCUGGGCCUACCGCUUCCCCAUGGGCGAGUUCCGGCUCUGUGACAGGCUCCAGAAAGGCAAGGCCUGCCCGGACGGGGACAAGUGCCGCUGCGCCCAUGGGCAGGAGGAGCUCAAUGAGUGGCUGGACCGGCGCGAGGUGCUGAAGCAGAAGCUGGCCAAGGCCCGCAAGGACAUGCUUCUGUGCCCACGGGACGACGACUUCGGCAAGUACAACUUCCUGCUGCAAGAGGGCGGGGAUGCUGCCACCCCAGAAGCCCCUGCUGCCGCUGCCACCACCACCACUGGGGAGUAG